AUGAUGCUACUUUUUUUACAUUAUUUUUCUCAUCUUCAUCUUUGUGUUCUUCUGAAAGUUGUUCUAAUUCAUCUUCAAUUAUCUGACAAAACUGUUUGGUUAAAGUACCUUCAGCCUUUUUCUUCUGGUAGUGCAAAUAAUAGUGUCAAUUAUAAUCUUAUACAGCUUAAAGUGCAAAUAGAUGGCGCAAAGAGUUUUCUUUAUGAUAUCUAA